CCUCGUUGGAAGCAUCAACAUGAAAGGCCAACGACGUUUGAUUCCGCAGUAUGUCAAGGUAGUUGUGGGAACGACCCUGGUUGCUGUUGGAGGUCUUGUCGCUACACAUAUCGACACCGUCCCGCAAACUGGCCGGAAGCGCGUGAUGUUCCUCAAUCGAGAGAUGGAGCGUGAGCUGGGGGAUCAAACGUUCAAGGCCAUCUUGGCCGAGCAUGCAGGACGCAUCCUGCCUCCCACACACCCAAAAGCGAAAAUGGUCAAGUACGUGGGCCAACGCAUAGCCAACGCAGCCAAGCAGAACGACUUCAAGUGGGAGUUCGUCACCAUCGACUCUCCCGAAGCCAACGCGUUCUGCAUCCCAGGCGGGAAAGUGUGUGUGUUUACUGGCAUUUUCAAGACGCUGCGAAACGAAGAUGGACUGGCUUCUGUCAUGGGCCAUGAGAUAGCCCAUGCAAUUGCCCGUGCGUAUAUAGUCGUAUAUGAUGAUAUGUACUUGGCCAUAUUGAAUGAGUUAGGACACAGCGCUGAGCAAAUGUCGAUCAGUGCCGCGUUGUUCCCGAUCUUACUUCUCCUGCCGCCAGAAACCUUUCAUCUUGCUCGCUUGGCGUUUAAUUUGGGAGUAAAUCUCCCGUUUUCACGCAAACACGAGCUCGAGGCUGACGCGAUUGGAUUGGAUCUGAUGGCUCGAGCUUGCUUUGACCCCCGCGCCAGUCCCCAGAUGUUUGAGGACUGGGAAAAGCAACACAUUGGAAGUUCCCUCACGUAUUUCUCGACGCAUCCCCCCAAUGCCGAGCGAUACACGCUCUUGAGGGAGAAAAUGAAGGGACCGUUGACGUACUAUAAGCAACAUUGCCUCGACCUCCAACACCACUUUCGUCGACAUGUUUAA